AUGGAGCGCAGCCGGCCGACGCGUUCGCCUGAGGAUAUAAAGGCCGACUUAGAGCGCCGGUUUUUAUUGCCACCGACAACCUUCAGUGCGCAAUGGUUGAACAGACUCCAGCGGAGAUGGGAUUACCAAAAUCCGGACUACACGGAAAUCUGCCAAUUGGCACCCACCCAAACACGCACAGUCACUCGAUUUACAAGGGAAGGCCUUGAGGGAAAAGUGACAGGCUACAGGCAAGUCACAGUGCCAGCUUCAAGUGCAACUGCAAAGAACUCCACGUCUAUUCUCCGAAGACCUGCAAAUCGAGCUGACUUUGUUCGAGGCGCUGCUGGAUUUUUCCCUUUUGCUCCAGGCGGACUCGAUGGUGUUGAUGCCAUUCAGGCCUACGAGGAUCAGAUCACUCUUGAUGAAGAGCAUCGACUGACGAAGAAAGGGAACGUCUUGGACAAGAUCAUUAAUUUCGGUGGGGCAGAUGGCUUGCUGGAAAUUCCUCCAGGAUUCACAAGAGGCUUGAACUUGACAGACACAAAAUCAAAUGACGCACAGAAGAACGCUGAGGAUGUGGAACAAGCGCUCAAUGAAGAUACCCCUUUCUCGAAGCCCAUCACAGAUGGUGAUGAUAGGAACGGCGAGCAAACUCCUCCAUUGGAAGACGACCGCACAAGCAGCGAGCCGGAGGAUGAAGACAUAGAUCUGGACGAUUUGCUGCCCGUCGAAUUUCCUUCUCUCGAACCACGUGGUGAACUGCUUUCUUCCAGUAGCAAGAAAUCAGGCAGAGAAUGGGCACACGUGGUAGACAUCGACAAAGAACUUACCAAUUUCAAGGAACUUGUUCCUGAAAUGGCUCGAACCUGGCCCUUCGAGUUGGACACCUUCCAAAAAGAGGCUGUUUAUCACCUGGAAAAUCGCGAUUCAGUCUUCGUGGCCGCUCACACUUCUGCUGGUAAGACUGUAGUUGCUGAAUAUGCCAUUGCUUUAGCAGCAAAGCAUAUGACCAAAGCAAUCUACACCUCGCCUAUCAAAGCCUUGUCCAACCAAAAGUUUCGGGAUUUCAAAGAAGUAUUUGGUAACGAUGUGGGCAUCUUGACCGGUGAUGUUCAAAUUAAUCCUGAGGCUAGUUGCCUCAUCAUGACCACCGAAAUUCUCAGAAGCAUGCUCUAUCGUGGAGCUGACCUGAUUCGAGAUGUCGAAUUUGUGAUCUUUGAUGAGGUCCAUUAUGUCAAUGAUCUUGAGCGUGGUGUUGUGUGGGAGGAAGUCAUCAUCAUGUUGCCAGAACACGUUACUCUCAUUCUUCUGUCAGCCACCGUGCCAAACACAUAUGAAUUCGCGUCUUGGGUGGGUCGAACCAAGAAGAAAGAUAUCUAUGUCAUCUCGACACCCAAAAGACCUGUCCCUCUUGAACACUAUCUUUGGGCUGGUAAAGAGAUGCACAAGAUUGUUGAUUCGGAGAAGCGGUUUCUGCAGAAAGGUUGGAAGGCCGCCAACGACAUCCUGUCAGGCAUGGACAAAGUCAAGGAGAACAAGGCCAUAGAAAACCAGGCACCGGCUCGUGGAGGAGCCAAUCAGCGCGCUGGCCGUGGACAACAACAAACUCGUGGUGGCAAUCAACGAGGUGGGCCGCAGCAGCGAGGUCGUGGCUUGCCUGUCAAUCGUGGCCAAGGCAAUAUUGCACGGACUGGUCGUGGAGGCGGCAGAACUACAGCUGCCCAAGAUCGCAACAUAUGGGUCCAUCUAGUGCAAUACCUUCGCAAGGAAAACCUUCUUCCGGCUUGCAUUUUUGUCUUCUCGAAGAAGAGAUGUGAGGAAAAUGCGGACUCUCUGUCCAAUCAGGACUUCUGCACAGCCACUGACAAGAGUGCCAUCCACAUGAUCGUCGAGAAAUCCAUUGCCCGGUUGAAGCCUGAGGACCGAGUGUUGCCUCAAAUCAGACGCCUACGAGAAAUGCUUGGACGGGGUAUUGCUGUGCAUCACGGCGGUCUCCUCCCAAUUGUCAAAGAGAUUGUUGAAAUAUUAUUUGCGAGGAGUCUCGUGAAAGUGUUGUUCGCAACGGAAACAUUCGCCAUGGGCUUGAAUCUCCCGACGAGGACCGUGGUGUUCUCCGGCUACCGCAAGCAUGAUGGGCGCGAAUUUCGGAAUCUGCUUCCUGGAGAGUACACUCAAAUGGCUGGACGAGCCGGACGGAGAGGUCUCGAUACUGUAGGAACCGUCAUCGUUGUCACCUCUGGCAAGACAGAGGCACCCCCCGCCGCCGAGUUGAGUCAGAUGAUCACAGGACCGGCUACAAAGCUUCGAAGUCAAUUCAGACUGCAUUACAACAUGAUGCUGAAUUUGAUGCGAGUUGAAGCAUUAAAGAUCGAGGAGAUGAUCAAGCGCAGCUUUUCUGAGAAUGCCACUCAGGCUCUCCUGCCUCAACAUGAGAAGCAAGUCGCCCUUUCCCAGGCUACACUCGACAAGAUCAAGCGGGAACCUUGCGAGAUUUGCGACAUUGACCUUGAAACCUGCCACGAAGCGGCGAUGAAGUACGAUGAGAUUACAAAAGAUCUUCACAUCAGAACCCUAGCGUCACCGAUAGGACGGCGACUCUGGAUGGCGAAGAGAUUGAUCGUGUUCAAGAAGGUAUUGAUCGAGACAAAAAUUCAUGUUCGAACAGCCACUAACAAACACCAGGAUGGCGCCCGCAAGACUGGUGUGCUACUCGAAGACGGAGUCAAAGGCGGACCCAGCCCCUUCCUGAAGAUUCUCGAGAUAUCCGACAUUGAAGGGAAGCGGUCAACCCGAGAUUUGCUUCCUUAUCUCCCAGGUGUCCGCAACCUUUUUUCACCCCUGCCGACCGAGGCAUCGCGAGUGAAAAGUGGAGUUACCCAGGUGUUGUUGGACGAAGUGGAAUGUGUUACCCAAACUGUUGUCAAGGUCAGAGGCCCCAUCUGGUAUAUGAAAGUCGCGAAAGUACAAAAGCAAUUUGCUGAACAAGAAUUCGUCCAAGUUUUCUCGUCCUGGGUCUCUUCGGCUUGGAAUGAGCAAGAUUGGAGCAAAGUCAAUGAUUUGCAUGUUCGAGAAUUGCUCACCGAGAGGAAGAGUGUGGCUGAAAUCAUCUUGAGAUCGAAAUGUCUGGAAUGCCCUGAUUUUAUCAGGCACUACGGCAUGCAACAUGAUGAAUGGCUGGUCAAGGUGAAUAUUGAAUCACUCAAGAUGCUGAUGUCAGACCAGAAUCUUUCCCUACUUCCCGACUACCAGCAACGAUCCGAAGUUCUGAAGGAUCUCGGCUUCAUUGACGAGGAAUCCCGAGUGCAACUCAAAGGGAAAGUGGCCUGUGAAAUUCAUUCCGCGGAUGAACUCGUUCUCACGGAACUGAUCCUAGAAAAUGUACUAGCGUCCUUCGAGCCGGAAGAAAUCGUCGCACUCCUCUCAGCCUUCGUCUUCCAAGAGAAGACCGACAGCGAACCACAACUAAGCGAGACUCUCAAACGCGGCAAGGAAGCCAUCAUUGAGAUAGCGGAGAAAGUCAACCACUACCAGAUCCUACACCAGGUGAUCCUGUCAUCAGACGACGCCAACGAUUUCGUGUCCCGACCGCGCUUUGGACUCGUGGAAGUGGUGUACGAAUGGGCGAGAGGCAUGUCUUUCAAGAACAUCACAGACCUGACGGAUGUCAUGGAGGGCACGAUUGUCAGAGUCGUGACGAGGUUGGACGAGACUUGCCGCGAGGUCAUGAGUGCGGCGAGGUUGAUUGGUGAUCCUGGUCUGUAUCAGAAGAUGGAGAAGGCCAGGGAGAUGAUUCGCAGAGAUGUCGUCUUCACGGCCAGUCUGUACAUGUGA